CCAGAACCGCUCUUCACAUACUCACGCCAUGUCAAGCAGCUCGUCCAGUGGCUACUCGGACGAGGACCUGGAGGCAUCAGCGCCAAGCGCCGCGGCCCCAUCGGCCUCGGAGCUGAGCCACGCGGUGGAACUGGCUCAGAUCUGCUCCUUCUGUACCACGUUCCGUCAGCCACUGCGCCUACCGAGCUUCUCUCGAACGGCCCUCCAAGAAGCCAUUCUGGGCGCUUCCAACGGCGAUAUGACUCAUGUGGAAUUGUUGGCCGAAUUACACUUCAAGUUGGCGCGCGAACACCCGACGGCGAAAAUGGAAAAAAUGUGAGUGCAAUGUUGUUGCCCAUUGGUGACGAGGCUGUACAGCCAAUGGUUGCGCGUACACAUGUACUAAUGCGUUUUGGUGUCGAUUCACAGGGUGCAGGACUGGGAAAAGACCUUGGCUCGUAAACUGCAGGAUAACUGGCGCAAAGAAUUCACUGCGAAUCCCAUGGGCGGAGGCGUGACGUAUGCACGACUAACGGUGUUUGAAAGGGUGAAAAUUCUGGAUGCGCUGUGCCAUUGGAAACUCGACACGUGUGCCGAGAUCCACAAACACAUUGCCAAUUUGCAAAAAGAAAACGACAACGAGGGCAUUAAGAAACUGCGAGCAGGGGAGAUCGGAACGGAUGACAAGGGAGUGUCGUACUGGUAUUUUGAUGAUGGAUGUUGGAUAUACGCCGAAGACAAGCCACGGUGGCAACUUGAAGACAGGAAACCGUCGUAUGUGGUGGAGUUUGCAAGUGCCAAACGAAUCCGAUUAUCUAUUAAUUUUGACCCGGACCAGGAUUCGUCGGCCCCACCGCUCCGAUUGCCAGUAAAAUCCGUGGCUUUCGCUGACGAAGUCAAAGAGGAGAAGAUGAAAAAGGAGGUGGCACAGUGCUCAUCGGAUUCGAAGGUGAAAAGCGAAAGUGUUUCUACCGAGACAGUAAAAUUGGAAACGACUGUCGAAUUGGUCAAGACAGAGAAAGAAGAGUCAACGUUGGUAUCCGUGGCAAAAGAAGUUCACGUCACUACAGACGAAACUGCGGCUGCUGUGAAAGAAGAGGCCUCGCAUGCUGCCCAGACUCCGACUGCCAGGAGAAUGGACAUUAAUGCGCUGUGUGCGUCCGUGUCUCCGUUGAGUGAAGAAGCUGGGGCCUUACACCAGUCUAAUGGAUCUAUUCAGACGCAAGGUGAUGACAACGUGAGUAAAUCGGCAGGUUUGGCUUCCGUGUCAAUCACGACUACACGAAUGGAGUCACCACGAUCACCGGACAAACAGGAAGAUACUACUUUAUGUGACAAGAAGGCUACGGCUUCAAAUGAGGAGAAAACUUCUUCUAAGAGCCCAGGAAAGGAGUCGCCAGUGAAGAUAAAAGAAGACAAUGCAGGUGACCAUACCCACCCAUCCGUAGUGGCCAUAGUGGGCUCCAAAAAGCGUACAAUUAUCGACGACGACAGCAGCGAUAGCGAUGUUGAUUUAUCAAAGGAAACAACGGAUAAAAAGGUGGAGUCUAAAGCGGCAUCAUCCCCGCCACCAAGAAAGAAACGUAAAGCAAGCAUUGAGAACACCAGCAACGCAGCAGCUUUGAGCACGGACACCAUCAAAGAUGAGUCAAUGGAGCUUGUUAGUACGCAAUUGAACGGCACAACGGCCUCUCAAGAGUCUCAUGGCGAUACUCAAGUGUCUAAAGGCGACGCUGUGGCUAAAGAAACGAGGCCAGUAGUGUCCAAAGCUGGUCCUGUGCCAACGAUUGUCAAAGAUUUGAGCUCCCCGUCGUCAAAAGUGAAUGCUGAAGCAAAAGAACCGAGCCCUUCAACCGCUGUACCGAAAGAUAGCAGCGAAGAAACCGGUAACACUGAAGCGAAGAAGCCUGAGGAUUCAGCAAGUCAAGUAACACCGUCGGGUCCUGCUUCAACGUCACCGACCGAUCCAGCUGCAGCACCGGAAUCAUUCGACAUUACCUGUGAAAGCUGCAAAAAGUGCUAUGAUAUGAGGUAUGUGGAUCCUCCAUUAGUGGAGCGACCAACCGAGGAGUGGCGAUGUUUUGAGUGCCUGGUGAACGAUGCUCGUGGCUGGCCCCGUCGACGGAAAUCUACCCCGAGAGAGACUUUCUCUCCGCGUGAAGAUGAAUCGUCAUCUAGGAGACGAAGCUCAUCGUCAAAGUCUCGCAGUGGAUCAUCAUCGAAGAAGUCGAAGAAAAGCUCCAGUAAAAGUCGCUCCAGCUCCUCCUCCAAGAAGAAAAGCAGCCACAGCAGCUCGUCCAAGCGAAAGUCGUCCAGUAGCAAGAGCAGUUCUAGCAAAAAAUCGUCCUCUUCGUCUUCGAAGAAGCACAAGAAGCGCAAGUCCUCGUCAUCUUCGCAUCACAGCAGCCACGGACACCACCGAAGGCGGCAUCAUUAUCAUGCAGAAUUUGCUAAGCUUGUGACCUUGUUCCGUGAACGGCAAGAGCAGCGUCUUGGUAUUGAAGAAGCUCGAAUAAACGGAGAUCUCCAGAUGGCUUUUGAUGAAGCCCCUCAAGGCUGGCGUGUGGUUAGCUCCACGCUUGAUGAUUUACGCGCACUGAUCGAGUCGCUGUCUGGCGGAUCUCUGGAGCAAGACCGACUGAGAGGGCGACUUAUCUUGAUUAUGAAGGAGCAAGAGAAACAAGAGGAGGAACGGCGGAAGCAACAAGAACUUGCUUGGAAUAUCCUCCCACGGCGGCAAUCGUCUCGCAUUGCGAUCGGAAGAAUGAAGAACCAGUCCACGCAGGAGUCGGAUGUGGAAGACAGAUAUUCUGACGACGACGAGGAGAACCGACGUCCGGGUUUGCGGUCAAGAAGAUCGCCUGAUGGUGUCGAUGACAGGCAAAAACAUGACCGAGCGUGGCGGGCACGCCGGCGACAUCAGGGUUCAGACGAUGAGGAUGUAGAGGAUGAAGAUGACGAGUUGGAUAGUAAUGGUGUGACUGCCGGAAAUUGGAUAGACUGGUCGCUGUUGAAGGGUAACACUCGCGCUCUUUCAACAGUUUGUUUGGCACUCGUCAACCGGCUUUUAAAGGAAGAAGCUGCGGAACUUUUCUCGCGACCUGUUGACCCAGGGAUGGAUGGCUGUCCGAAUUACUUGUCUGUGAUCACCCAUCCGAUCGAUCUUGGUACAAUUCGAUCUCGCGUUGAAGCCAAAUUUUACCGGAAAUGGGAAUUAUUUAAGAAGGACGUUGAACUGGUGUGGCAGAAUUGUCGUACAUUCAACGCUCCUGACACGUUGGUAGUGCAGUUUGCCGACACGCUCUCGAAGCUGUCACGCUCCAUGUGCAUCGCUGCAGAGAAGAAAGGUGUGGAUCGCAUGAAGGACAGGAGAAGUGAGGACGAAGAGAGCGGGAACGAGAGUGAGGAUAUCAUGAGUGAUGCGAGCAAGGCGGAAUCCCGUAGCAGUAUUAACAAGGCGUGGACAGAGAGCAGUGCUUCAGAAAGUAGCGACUCCAGUGAUGGCUCCUCUUCUGAUGGCGACAGUGAUAGUGACGCAGCUAGCCGCAAACGAAGACCAUCGCGCUCGUCAUCCAAGAAACCGCAAACUCGCGCUCGAUCUACGAAGUCAAGUCGUACUAGUCGUCCAGCAAAUAAGCGCAGCAGUCGGAGUACCCGAACUCGUUCGUCCAGGAAGCGUUCAGCACCCACUUCAAGCAGCGAAGACGAAUCCUCAGCUUCAGAGGACGCAAUUUUUUCUCCUGUUCGGAAGAAUCCGCGGCCAAGUCGAGCGUCAGUGUCCAAGUCUAAAGACAAAGUGGAUCCGCCAACGGAGGACGAAGAUUUUAGUGCCGACGAUAAAGCAGUCAACCGGCCCCCUCCGCCCCAGAAUGGCGCUCCGUCGCCUUCGCCGCCACCUCCGCCACCACCGCAAGUGGCUCAGAAGCGUCCGAAGCCCCGACUCAUCGUUAGCGACAGUUCCAGCUCCGAUAGCUCCGAUAGUGACGACAACUCGUCUUCUUCUGCGUCGUCUGAUUCUGAUGGGUCCGAUAGCGAUGCACGUCCCGCGAACAAGCCCCAGCCGCCUCCACCGUCUGCUGCAGAAGCUCCUGCUCCGCCCCCACCAUCGCCACCUCCACCUGCUGCGUCGCCAGAGGACAGUAAACCUCCUGUGCGACCAUCACCGAGUCACAAGACCAAGCCGAAGACUGCUGCUACUCAAGGCAAGAAGAAAGCGUCACCCACAGCAGAGACCGGCUACACCCACUCACCAGCCUUGUUGAACUCGUAUCUCUCGUCUUCGUCUUCUUCGUCCGACUUUUCUUCGGGUGAUAGCGAUUCCAGUGACGGAGACAGUGAUAGCGACUGAGGUGACUAUAGGUAAAUAUCAAACAGGGAACCUGAGUGGCAACUGCACAAGUUAGUGUGUAAUUUUGACUAGCGUCGCAAAGAGCACGUAUAGCAUAAGACCGUCAAUUCAUACGUGUUGGCAAUGCUCC